GCGGGUGGGCGAGGGCUUGGCUGGAGGGAGGCCUCCGACGCUGCACGAUCAGCCGCUCUGCCCCGGCCUUCCGCCCCGGCGGUCGCCCCGGAACUGUGCGCUCUGAGACGUUUCUUGAUGGUCGCCUACUUCCCAGCAUGGACGGUGGAAAAGUUGGUUCGGGCUGAACGUGCUCCCUGAGAGCCGCGGCGGGGUCAGAUCAGCCCGCUUCCGGCGUCAGGUGUCGGUGUAGCUCGUCACCCGAGCAGAGACUGUGAAAAUGCUGAGGAGAAAAGUGCCCCUCAGAUGAGCGUGGUCGGCGACCAGUCUCUCCCGAAGGCGAUGGCAGGGACCCAAACAAGCAGGGUUUGGUGGCUGGCUGCAAACUGAGGGCUGCCAGGCGGGAUGGACCCCUGUGGAGACCCGGCAGUCGGCGGCGACUGUCCCCACAACAGGGGACAGGAGGGUCCACUGCUGGGCACUUUCGUGGACAGCAGCCACAGUGAACAUGAAGACAGAAACAGAAUAUCUGAAGAACUUAUAAUGAUUGUCCAAGAAAUGAAAAAGUAUUUUCCAGCCGAGAGACACACUAAACCCAGCACCCUAGAUGCCCUUAACUAUGCUGUUCGCUGUGUGCAUAGCGUGCAAGCAAACAGAGACUUCUUCUCAAAUCUCAGUCCACACGGAGCACCUCAGACAGACGUGUCUGCGCACGGUCUUGAGGAGCUGGCCGGUCUCACUUCUGAACAUGCUUCCAAGAACACAGAUACCUUUGUGGCAGUGUUUUCCCUUGUGUCUGGACGGCUAGUGCACAUUUCGGAGCAGGCUGCUUCCAUCCUGAACUCUAAGAAAGAUUUCUUGACGUCCUCGCGCUUUGUCGACCUGCUUGCCCCUCAAGACGUGAGGGUGUUCUACACACACACUAUUCAGAGUCAGCUUCCUUUCUGGAGCAACCGGACCCAAAGAGCUUCACAAUAUGGAUAUGCAUCAGUGAAAUCCUUCUUCUGCAGAAUCUGUGGAGGUGGAGACAGAGCACAAAAGAAGCAUUACUCUCCGUUCUGGAUCCUCCCCUAUUUGGUUCACGUACAUAGCUCUGCCCAGCCAGAACCAGAGCCUUGCUGUCUAGCACUGGCUGAGAAGAUUCACUCUGGUUAUGAAGCUCCUCGAAUCCCUGUAAAUAAAAGAAUUUUUACUACAACACACACCCCAGGAUGUGUGUUUCUUGAAGUAGAUGAAAGGGCUGUGCCUUUGCUGGGUUACCUACCUCAGGAUCUGAUUGGAACAUCCAUCUUAACAUAUGUGCACCCUGAAGAUCGGCCUCUGAUGGUUGCCAUACACCAAAAAGUUUUAAAGUAUGUUGGCCAUCCUCCAUUUGAGCACUUGCCCAUCAGAUUCUGCACUCAGAAUGGAGAUUAUGUCAUUCUGGAUACCAGCUGGUCCAGCUUUGUGAACCCCUGGAGCCGGAAGGUUUCCUUCAUCAUUGGUCGGCAUAAAGUUCGAACGAGCCCAUUAAAUGAGGAUGUUUUUGCUACCAAAAUAAAAAAGGCCCCUAAUAACGACAAAGACAUAGCAGAUUUGCAAGAACAGAUUCACAGACUUCUUCUGCAGCCCAUUCAUGCCAGUGCUUCCAGUGGUUACGGGAGCCUGGGCAGCAGCGGUUCACAGGAGCAGCACGUCAGCAUCCCCUCUUCCAGUGAGUCAAGUGGACACUGUGUGGAGGAAGCACAGAAGGAGCAGAUGACCUUGCAGCAGGUCUAUACCUGUGUAAACAAAAUUAAGAAUGUGGGUCAACAGCUGUACCUUGAGUCAAUGGCCAGAUCAGUCAAGCCAGUGAUGGACAUGUGCGUGGAGCUGCAGGGUGGUGAUGAGCAGAAGGACUUUUCUUCCUCUCAGACACUGAGAAAUAAAAGCAUGGAUACUGGCUCUUGUGAUGACCCGAGGCGAGAAGAGCACAGCUCAUCCUACCAGCAGAUGAGCUGUAUCGACAGUGUCAUCAGGUACCUGACAAGCUACAGUCUCCCGGCCUUGAAAAGAAAGUGCAUAUCCUGCACAAACACGUCUUCAUCCUCAGAAGAAGCCAAGCAAAACCACGAUGUGGACUGCAGCACAGCACUGCGAGAGACUGAACAGAUCCUGAACAAACCUCAAAAAGAAAUGCCAACAACUGGACCGUCUACAGAUGCUGAAGGAGGUGCUGCGUGCUCCCUGUCCCCUGCUGCACUAAGCACGGGGUCUGGCAGAAGCCAGUGCAGCUGCAGCGGCACCACUGUCCAUGUCCCGCCCCUACACUCAGCAGAGGGUGUUGCCUUAGCAUGUAAGCCCUGGACCCUGAGAACACAGCCAUCGGCCCUGACUGCGGAAGAACUUGAGCACAUGGGGCUCACAACAGCUGUCCUCUCCGCACACACGCAGAAGGAAGAACAGAGCUAUGUUGACAGGUUCCAGGAAAGGAUCCUGACCUCACCCUACAGCUGCUAUCUGCAGAAAAAGAGCAAAAGCAAUGCUAAGUACUCCUGUGUUCAAGGCUCUCCUAAGCAGACCAGAUGUGCUGGAAGUGGGAGACGGAAGCACAAACGGAAGAAGUUGCCAGUGCCUUUGGACACCAGCAGCUCCAGUGCUGACUUUUGUUCCCAUGUCAGAGGACUCCUUCCCAGUGUACAGCCCUGGAGCCCUUCUGUUGUCUCCUCCCCCCACGCCUCCAGCCUAGCUUUCCCAUCAGCCCUGGUAGCUCCCAACCAGGACCCCUGUCUCCUUUCGUCUUUUCCUCUCGAAGUUGCCUCUCUGGGAGUAGGGAGCUCUGCAGGCUGGGCAGCUGCAGCUGAAUGCCCACCUCUGCCCGCUGGCCCGCAGCCUAUUUCAGCUUUCCCCUCUGCUUACUUGGACUCGUUCAUGACCAUCUUCCUGCCCAGCCCCCCAAUCUUCCCUCUGUGGUCAGCAUCAUUCUCCCCAUAUGCAUUCCUGGGGGCUGCAGGUUCUUCUGAAAUGACACCCUUAGUACCAGCAAUGGCUCCACACCUGGAACCAACUUCUUCAGACCACAGCCAUGGGAGAAUGGAGGAAGGCUGGGAGACACACGGCGAAGAGCAUCCAUUUAUUAGUUCAAGGAGCAGUUCACCUUUACAGUUAAAUUUACUCCAGGAAGAAACGCCUGCCCCAUCUGAAUCUCCAGAUCCAGUGAGAAGAGCUGCUGGCCCAGAAGUUGAGUGUGUAAGUGGUGCCGUCAGAAGUGUACACUUCAGUAGCAGUGACUAUUCUGGAAUUUCUGAAAACGGACAGAGGUCCCAGAAUAGACAAAGAAAUGAAGCCUUGCCCGGGGUGGCCGAAGAGUCUAUCUGGAGAAUGAUAGAACAAACACCAGAACGUGUUCUCAUGACAUACCAGCUGCCCGAGAGGAGAAGAGAAGAGGUGCUGAGGGGAGACCUGGCAAAGCUCAGCAGCAUGCAACAGCAGCAGCCCCAAUUCACUCCUGCACAGAAGGAGGAACUGGCCAAGGUGUGCUCCUGGAUCCACAGCCAGACUGCCCCUCAAGAAGGACACGUCCAGAAUUGUGUCGCCUGUGAAGACAGAGGUUCAGUUGGUGACACUGGAGAGGCCUGUGAACAUCAGGCAUCAGAAGACACCAGUUGAGCAACUGUUCACACUUUCUCCAGGUCUUGUGGGACACAAAGAUAUCUGUAUUACUUCACUAAACUCUUAAAUGACAAAGUCAUCAACAUUAAGAUUUUCCCCUUGCUUUUGUUUUGUUUAGGGUAGCACUGGGAAUCAAACGCAGGGCCUCCUUGCACACGCUAGUCUGGCGCUCUCCGCUGCUGACCUGUAUCCCAGCCCUCCCUUCUCGGUUUUUAAUAGGUGACGUUUUCCCAAUCUCUGACCUAGCCAUCUUCUUGAAGGCACCAGAUUGCCUCUGAGGAGGUAUGUGUCUGAGAAGAUUUGAUUUCAGAAGUCACUCUGAAUAAGUUCCAAGCCUUAGUCCUGUUUGUUUUGUUCUGUUGCUGCAAAGGCAUUUUCCCAUUGGAAUACUUGAAUUCUGUCUGUAGGCUGUGUAGUUCACAUGAUGUUUUCCAUGAAUUUAACAUAUUGAUCUAGGCUUUGUACAGCGUGGUGCUUCCCUUCAUGGUUAUGAUAAGACAUUCCACCUUUCUCACAGAACAUUAGAGUGCAUUGUUCCCUAGGAAGUGCAGGAGUCAUGGGUUUGGUUGUUUGUCCCCAUUCUUGUCCAUGCACUUCCUGUUGAUGUCAGCCUCUCAUGGAAACUCCUUUUGUAAGGUCUGACUGCUUGAACAGGGCUUACUCUGGAGAGUUGAAAUCAAGCCUUGCAUGUUAAAAGAGCUGCUUACUCAGCCAAUCGUAUUUUUUAAAGGUUUUUUUUUUUGUUGUUGUUAUAAAAUAAAUGUGAAAAGUUUUUAAAAUCAUGUUACUGUUAUUCUGGAGAUAUAUGUGCUUAAAUGCUCAGUCUAACAGUUAACUUCUUCUUUUUUGCUGAAUUUACACAAAGAGGCCUUCAUGCCGACCAGAGGCCAGAUUGUCAUUGCCUUUCCUUUGCCCUUGAACAGGGUUUGGGGCCUGCAGAGUGAGAAACUACACUUAGGGGAACUCAGUGGCCCCAGCCUUCGGGAUUGCAGCUCUGUCUCGGGAGUGAGCAUGACUGUUUACCUGUUUGUCUGCUCACUGCCCAGUGCUCUAGACUAGAGACACCCAAGAUUCCUUCUUCAGCUUCCAGUGACUGUGGAAUCCACCCCGUGCAGCUCAGAGGAAGGAGCUGGCAGGAAAGGCCGUCUGCAGUCUCCUCUCAUGCGCAGUACUUCCAGAAAUCUAACAUAGUUUUUCUGUUUUGUUGCUUUGCUUUGGUUCAAGAAAAUACUAUUUUCUCUGACAGUUUUUAGCUGUUGAUAAAUGUCCUGUCAUUCUGAUCAGGAGAAGGUCAUGAUGACUGCUGGCCCAGUGCUCCAACUCUGUGGCUUAGACUUCUUUUAUAAAAUAAUGGUUUUUCAGGAUGGCAGUCCUAUCAGAAGGUGUCAAAAACAUUCUCAAGUGCUGCCUACGACAUUCUUAGAAUUUUCUGGUAUUGCAUAGUUCCACCAAAGGUUCCUGCUGUGUGGAUCGAGACUUCUCAUAGAUGGGGAUGUCAGAGCCUGCGUUGGUCAUGCUGGCCUUCUCCAGUGAAGGGUUGUGAUAUUUGGAGCUACUGGGACCAUUCUGCAUCCAUGCACACGUACAUUAGACCUGAUGUUCUCUGGUAGGAUGGGCCCUUUCCUGUUGGUUCUGAGUACUUGUUUCAUCUACAGCUCCUUAUUUCUUUGCCUUAGUCACCUCUUACGGAGUAUGUAUUAUCCAGGCUUGAUUUGAAACUGGUGCUUGUAGUCUGGAAAGCCCUUAACCAAGUCUCCCCUCUGCUAGCAUUGCUGUCAGUGCACUCAGAAUCCCUGCUGCUGGGGUGGGGCCAGCAGAGCUUGCUUCCCCCCAUGGGGGCUAUACCCAGUGGAAACCGUUGUUCAAGCUUACUGACUUUUGUAGUAUUAAUAACUAUAGAGUUGGUAACAAAAGUAUGUAUUGCAGACUUCAAUGUUUACAUAACUCUUUCCCCCAAAGCUUUCUUUUCUUGGGUCAUAGGUCCAAAUUUAAGAAAACAAGAUGUUGUGUGAAUGGAUUAAAUGAAACAUCAUUGUAAUUUCACAAGGUGGUAAAUUUUAAUCAAAUUAGCAGUUUGUUUAUAAUUAUUAUGGAUUUGCUUGUACUUUAAUGGUUAUUAAUCUUUCCAUUGUUUAUCUUUUUUGAGU